AUGGCGGAGAGAGUCUCGGAAUUACGCUUCCGAUCGGCGAACGUCCCGACGCGAUAUUUCAAGGCAUGUCGCUGGUGCCGAAAGCAGAAAAUGCGCUGCGAUGCGCGCAACCAGGUCCCUUGCGCCCGGUGUCGCGCCGUCGGCCGAGAUUGUAUUCUCGACCCGGUCGACCACGCAAGGCGUCGCUCCGACCGGCCACCGACCCCGCCCACUCACCCUGCGCGACGACAGACGGCACGGUCUCCGUGGAGCGAGCACAAUGGGUUUGGUAGUCCUUCCCCCCAAGAACAAGACUAUCCCGCCGCGGCAGUGCCAGAAGUGCCCAUCGAUGCCUCCAUCGAUUCUUUGCCUGAGUCUACGGCCGUGGGGAAUUUGGGAUCGCCCGGGACUGCAGACCGGCAUGCACAAGAACCCCAGCAACUCAGUCCCAAUGACAUGAUCGCCCCCGUCUCCGUCAUGCACUCCAUGUCGGUCAAUCUCCUGGGAUCUAGCAGCAUUUUCAUGGACAGUUCAAGCAAAGCGGACCCCAAAAGCGACAUUAUCGCCAGAGGGAUUAUCAGUGAAGAACGUGCUCGGGUCAUGUAUGACCGAUUUAUGGGAGGAAGUAAAAAUUUCUUGGCACUGUUUGAUCCCAUCCGCGACACCUUCGAUUCUAUUCGCUCUCGCUCUCUCUUCUGCUUCUCCGUGAUCAUCUACCUGGCAAGUCGGGCGGUUAUGGACUUGCGGAGCGAUACCCAUCUGCAGCGCGUGCUUCAGGAUGAAGCGCAGAGACUUGCCGAGGAUAGUUUCUUCGAACGCCCAACAAAAGUCGAAACCGUCCAAGGAAUGAUCCUUCUCGCCGCCUAUUCUGAAAAAACUUGGUUCUCAACCGCACUCAUCCUGCGUACCGCGCUCGAUUCCGGGCUAGAAAAAUCGCUGGAUGCCCUGCUCUCUCAGGAGAAUGUGCCUCGAAGUUACUUGUCUGCUUCGAUGGCGGACCGUAAGCUGGUGUGGCAGACCAGGACCUGGCUAAUCAGCUUUACACUGGAACUGGACGUAGCCUCCGGCACCGGCCGCAAGUCCCGGAUCGACGCAGUGGACACUAUGAAGUUACGGAAAUUUCUCGAGUAUCCGCUCUCCCUGCCCUGUGAUCUGCGCACAAUAUCGAUCAUCGAAAUCCAUCAACUCAGAAGCCAAUCUCGAAUGUCUAUUGAGAACUGCAAGACGAUCGGCGAAAUUGUCUUGGUCGAGCUCCCUGCGGUUAUGGCGAGGUUGCAGACCUGGUGGAAUACCUGGGAUGAGAUCCAUGACAACAAUGCAUUUCAUGCGGGUGCCUUUCAACGCUGCAGUCUCAAGUUGAUGCUGAACUACGGCAGAAUAUUUGUGCUGUGCGCCUCAUUGGCUCGUAUUCAGAAGCUCCAAUCGAACGCUGCCGAGUACGACUCGGAAACGGAUGACAAGGAUAUUUCGCACCUGUGGCGGUCUCUGGCCGCGACCAUCAUGGAACAGCUGGCCUGUUUUAUCCGGGAAAGGGCCUACUCCUGCCAACUCUCAUGGUCCCCGACAUAUCCAGCGCUAAAUAUUGCCUUUGUCACGACAUUCGCCCUUAGAAUCGCUCGAUGGCGCCCAGACCUGAUCGAUCAGGAGCUUCUCCUAGAACGAGCCCAGCUGAUCUGCGAUUUUCUCAAGCAGCCGCCCUAUCCGGAUAUCCACCGGACCGUGUCCAUCUUCGUCAACUACUGUCGUGCCCUGGUCGCUAGCCAACGAGAGCACGGGGAGUAUUGCGCCGAGGCGACAAAGAACUUUGAGCCAGCCAAUGGGCAACUGUCGCUAGGUAGGGAGACAGACGGGGCAUCGGUGGAGCUGUCAACUUCGACAGGGCUGCCAGCCGAGCAGGUGAGCUACCGAACUGGCGCCAUGACCCCUCAGGCCGACAAAGACCCUGCUGCUGCUGGGCUGCCCAAUAGCACCGACAGAUCGGCCCCUGCCCGGCCGCCCCCCGCUCGACUACCGGGCCCAAUGGAGGCUCCCAAUUGGUCGCUGUGUAAUCCAAUCGCCGACUCCUUCGGUUUGUUUGAGGAGGAGCAGAACGACAUCUUUGAUUUCCUGCCUAUGAUGCCUUCCAUGCCGCAAUAG